AUGACCAGAGCUACUUUUGAGCAGUCGAGUAUUCAACUUGGACCACGAGCCAUCAGCACCGAGUUGUCAACAUGCGGUUAUCUAAACGGCGAUCCAGACAAAGAGAGAACUGCUGACUCUGGAUUUAACUGUCGUGUUGAUACAAGGCAUGGUCUAUGGGGAUUCUGCCCAACAACCGUACUGACCGCUUCAGAUUGCGGACUGGCUGGGCACUGCAUCGAUCGAGGCUCAUGUUCGACUGGCUGUGGUAUAGCUGAUGAAGGUCUGACUACGUUUACCUGUGGGAAGGGAUCGUUCUGUUCUACAGCGAUUCUAACGUUCGGGAUAGACCAAGAAUAUAUGUACCUUGCCUGCAAUAAGUAUGCUACAGUUGAGCAUUAUCUAGUUACCCCAGUACUUGCAGUAACAACAGCAACAACAAAAACGGAACAAACAUCGCAAGAGCCAACUUCAACUACGGUUUCGAGCGAUGAGUCUUCAACUACUAUCGAAUUAGCCGAACAGACAUCUACUCAAACGACUAGCAGUUCCUCAGGAGAGAAAUCUUUGGAACUUGGCCCUGUUAUCGGGGGUGCGGUCGGCGGGUUGAUUAUCAUAUGUGCGACGGUUAUUGGAGGGAUCUAUCUUCUUCGACGAAAUCGCAGGAGGGAAGACAAAGAGGAUUUUCCAAAGGCGGACUCUGCAAAGACAUUUUGGGCGAAGAAUGGAGACAAUGUACCCCAAGAGUUACAAAGUGGUUGGAUUCUUGCAGAGAUGCCGGCAGAACAGAAAGCUCGAGGUCCAGUCGAGUUGGCUGCUUGA